GACAGUUAUUAUAGGUUAGUAUGGUCUAUAACACGCUGUAGAGCAAGUCGCAAUUGAUCGACGAUAAAUAAUUGUCGUAUACAAGUUUAAUUAAUUAAAAAAAAAAUAUGUUUAUCAAAAAAUUUAAAAUAUUAGCCAUUUGUGUACUAUGCCUUAAUAUAAAUGUGCAAGCACGUUCUGUCACUCGAAUGGAUGAUGUUUAUAUUACUCGAUCGAAGGACAAAUGGGUAUGUGAUAGAAUUGAAUGUCCCAUGGAUGCUUUUCGUUGUUUCGUUUCGAAAUCAAAUGAAGAGAAUCCCUCUGUUUUAAAACGUAUCAAUACUUGCUAUACCAAGGACAAUCAGGUACUGGUUAAACAAGAAUUUGAAUCACCCACUGAUCCUAGAUCCCGUAUUCGAGGACAAGUUACUUACUUAAGUAAUGACGAUGUUAUAACCGCUCCUAAUGGCUUAGAAAAUUACGAUGACGAAAAAUUUAAGGCUCAAAUGAAGGAAGAAUUUGAUAAAAUGCAAGCCGAUAUGGCUGCUGACAUGGCUGCCGAAAUGAAAAAUUUACACGAUGAUCUACAAAAAAUGAAGGAAGAAAUUAAUAGAGAUAUUCAAUAUGAAAUGCGAGACUGGCAGCAUGAUCUAAGUGAAAUGCAAUAUGAUUUUGAUCACAUGUUUGAUUGAUCAAAUCUUCAUUAUCUUCACAAUAAUUAUUUGGCAAAAUUGUGAAAAUAUAUUUUUAUAUAGUUCUGAUAAAAAAAAUCUUAUUGAAAAUCUAUUUAAAUUUUAUUGAAAUCCUAUAAAAAAUAAAAGAUAUUGUUUAAAGCAUUAUA